AGGAACCCGGAAGUCAGCCAUCUGUAAACACGACGGGAUAAAAGCAAGCGUUUGAAUCCUUUGAAGAGGGUUCUGUCUCGCGGGGACGCUCGAACCAUGAGACUGGCCGUCAGGCUUUGUCUUCCCGCUCUGUGGUGUGUGUUCGGAGGGGUUUUCUCUGAGUUUUCUUCCCAGCUGAGUCUGACCGGGAAAUGGAGUCUGAGGAACUCCAACAGGUCCGUGUCUCUACCCGUCCAGGUGCCCGGCUGCGUUCACUCCGCCCUGCAGCAACAGGGAUACAUUCAGGAUCCUUAUUACAGGUUCAAUGAUGUCUCCUAUCGGUGGAUUUCGCUGGAGAACUGGACCUACACCACCACCUUCUCUGUCCCCGCCUCCCUCAGGCUGAAGCGGAAGGUGCUGCUCGUCUUUGACGGCGUGGACACCGUGUCCACCGUCUCUCUCAACGGGAUCGCCGUGGGGACGACGGACAACAUGUUCCUCAGAUACGACUUCUCGGUGAGAGAUUUGCUGAAGGACGGUGAGAAUGUGCUGGAGGUCCGUUUUCUCUCUCCGGUUCUUUACGCCUCGGAGCAGAGAAAAGCUCACCCAUACAGAGUUCCUCCUGAGUGUCCUCCAGAGGUCCAGCACGGGGAAUGCCACGUCAACUUCAUCAGGAAAGCGCAGAGCUCCUUCAGUUGGGACUGGGGCCCCUCGUUUCCCUCGGUGGGGCUGUGGAGGCCGGUUCGCCUGGAGGCUUUCGACGCCCUGCGGCUCGUCCAGGUUUCCUGUGUUCCUCUCUACAAUUACAGGAGCGCUGAGUGGACCGUGCAGGUCGAGCUUCUUGUGGACGCCGUCCAGCCGACCGAAAGCCAGAUUACCGUCUCCAUCCCCGAGCUGGGCUCGGAGCAAACCUACCAGGCCAAGUUUCUCUCUGGAAAAACCAAAACCGUCCUCGUCUUACAUAUAUACACGAAGAAGGAGGUGAAGUUGUGGUGGCCCAACGGACACGGAGAACAACCUUUUUACAAUCUCACCAUCCAAGGAUUUCAGGAUUUAUUCUCAUCCAAGGUGUAUUUCCGUACGGUGGAUCUCUAUCAGGGGCAGAUUGUCGGCACUCCGGGUUUGGGCUUUUUUUUCCGCGUCAACGGGAAGCCAAUUUUCCUGAAAGGCUCCAACUGGAUCCCGGCCCACUCCUUCCAGGACCAGGUGACCCCCGCUGUUUUGAGAAACCUGUUGCAGUCGGCGGUGGACGCGAACAUGAACGCCCUCCGGGUGUGGGGAGGAGGCGUGUACGAGCAGGACCUAUUCUACCACAUCUGUGAUGAGAUGGGCAUCAUGGUCUGGCAGGACUUCAUGUUUGCCUGCGCGAUGUACCCCACCGAGGCUGACUUCAUCCAGACCGUCAGAGAGGAAGUCCUCCAACAGCUGUGGCGUCUGAAGUCUCACCCCUCCAUAAUAAUCUGGAGCGGAAACAAUGAAAACGAAGCGGCUCUGGCCACCGACUGGUUCGACAUCCCCGCUCCCCAGAGGCCCACGUACCUCAAAGACUACGUGACGCUUUACGUGAACAACAUCAGGGAAAUCGUACAAGAGGAGGACCAGAGCCGCCCGUUUCUCGUCUCCAGUCCCACGAACGGGGUCGAAUCGGAGCAGGAAGGAUGGGUGGCCGCCGACCCCUACGACCCUCUCUACGGAGACGUCCAUUUCUACAGCUACCUGGCGGACUGCUGGGACUGGAGGACGUUCCCCCGGACGCGCUUCACCUCCGAGUACGGCUUCCAGUCGUGGCCGUCCUUCUCCACCCUGCAGCCGAUUUCCAGGUCAGAAGACUGGAGCUACGACAGCAACUUCUCGUCUCACCGCCAGCAUCACCAAGACGGGAACCAGCAGAUGCUGCUGCAGGCGGCGCUGCACUUCCACCUGCCGAACUCCAGCGAGCCGCUCAGGAGAUUCACGGACACGCUUUACAUCACGCAGGUCAUGCAGGCGCAGUGUGUGAAGACCCAGACCGAGUUCUACCGCAGGAGUCGAAGCGAAGCCAUCGAGGGCAAAGGUUACACCAUGGGCGCUCUCUACUGGCAGCUCAAUGACAUUUGGCAGGCGCCGUCCUGGUCGUCCAUCGAGUUUGGUGGGAAGUGGAAAAUGCUGCAUUACUUCGCACAGAGCUUCUUUGCCGCCGUCCUCCCCGUCGGUUUCGAGGACGACGGCACGAUGUUCGUCUACGCCGUCUCAGACCUGAGUCAGGAGCUGAAGCUGAGGACUGUGGUCACCGUGCAUUCCUGGUCCGACCCGGAUCCGGUCUGCCGCCUGGAGUCGGACCUGGUGCCCGUGCCGGCGGGCAGCGCCGUGCCCGUGUUCAGACGGCCCGUCGCCGCCCUGCUGGCAGGAUGUGGACGCUGCACCCGGCUCACCUGCCUGCUCACCUUCCGCCUGGAGGACGCCGGCGGCAGCCAGCAGGGUCCCACCAACCACCACUUCCUGUGCUCCCCGAAAGACGCCCGGGGGCUCCAGAGACCCAACAUCACCGCGAAGGUCCAGGAGGAUGAGCGCGGCUUUACCGUCUCCCUGCGCUCGGCCGCCGUGGCGCCGUUCGUCUGGCUCGACGUGGGGAGCGUCCCCGGGCGUUUCAGCUCCAACGGCUUCCUGAUGGUCUCCAGGAACGUGACGGUGGGUUUCAACGCGUGGCGGCCCACCAGCGUGGCGGAGCUCUCCGCCUCCCUCACCGUCACGUCUCUGACGGACGUGUACCGAGUCUGACCCGAACCGACGGCUUCCAUGUUCGAGCCCAGCAGGUUGAAAGGCUGGUCAGAGGUGGCGCUGCGCUCCCACUGACUGCUGAAUGUCUUUUCUGGAUCCUAAAUGUCAAACACAAAAACUUUAAUUAUCCAUAAAGUGGAUAUUUGCCUGUAUUUUCCAGUAAAUACACACUGAGAAAAGUAUUACAUCAAAGACACAGAAAACAAGUCAAACCACGAAGCCUGACACCUUUUCUCACUGAUGCACUUUGAUUGUGAUUGCACUGAAAUCUCUGCCGGGUGGUUUUUUUUUUUUCUUGUGCAAAUACUUGAAUGAUUUUUAAUAAAUAUUUGUGUUUUUUUUA